AUCUAUCUGCGCCGCGAAGCAGGGAAGGCGAUGGCGGUGUCUCAACCAAGACAAGAGAAGGAGAGCGAGGAUUGCUCUUUGCUGCCUUUAGUUCAUGAAAUUAUCAAAUGCAUGGACAAGGACAGCCAGGAUGUCCACCAGGAGCUGACUAAGCUGAAGGCAAAGAUCCAGGAGGCUCGGGAGCAGAUCUCCAACAUGCCGGGGGUAGACAGCAGUCCGCUGGAGCAGCAGCAGCAGCUCGCUACCCUGCAGGAGCAGGUCCGCACCAAGAACCAGCUGCUGCAGAAAUACAAGAGUCUGUGCAUGUUUGACGUGCCUAAAGCUUCAUGAAAACCGAAGCCUGGAUUACUCAAGACAGUCGAGUUAUAAAAGAGAAGGAACGUUUUGUUUUCAUCCUCAUCUGUGCAGCUGAUGUGGCGUUCAAGGACACGGGGUGGAUAUUUAAAGGAACAUGGGCUUCUUCUUUCUCCAUUUCAUCACAAUGUCAAACGUUUUUGUAUUUAAACACUGUCCUGUGUUUGCCUUCUGAGAAUGCAAUCUUAGUUUUUAGUAUUUGUUUGUUUAGCUACUCAUUUCUGGUGAUAUCUUGCAAUGUUUUGUAUUAAAACAAUUAACUUUG